ACAUCUAAAAUCAACCAAAUUAUUUGGAAGCUCUCAAGAAAAUAUUGAUCUCUAAUCCAUGGACUUUGUUUUUAAACUCGUCGGAUUCCUUUUCAUAGUUUUAAUAGUUCAAUCUAAAGGAAAUGUAAAAGAUUUGAUGUCCGUAAAGUUAAAUGAGAACACCAUAUAUGAUUGUGUGGAUAUAUAUAAACAACCGUCGUUAAGUCAUCCACUACUUCAAAAUCAUAAAGUUCAGCUGGAACCAUCUUUCUCCAAACCAAAAAAUCAAGUUAAAGGUGAAAGUGAAAGAAAAAAUAUCAUCGAGUGUCCUAAUGGAACAGUUCCGAUAAUAAGAAAUACAAAAAAAUAUGUUGCAAAUGCUCAAUAUUGGACAGAAAAACACUUAAAUCCGCUUACAAUCGAUAGUCAUGGGACACAUAUUGCUGGAGUUAGAACAACAGAUCAAGGUCCUUACCGUGGUGUGAUAGCUUCGCUUAGUGUGCAUGACUUGAAUAUUAGUAGAGAUCAAGCUUCAUAUGCUAAUAUAUAUAUUGGCAGUGGAAUCUACGACAAAGUUAAUUUUAUCCAAACCGGCUGGAUGAUAAAUCCAAGUUUAUUUGGUGACGGACGUACAUGGAGUUAUGGGUUUUGGAAGGGAGCUAACGGAGCAGGUUGUUAUAAUACAAUAUGUCGUGGUUUUGUUCAAGUAUCAAAAACAGAUCAUUUAAGUGGACCUUUACCUCAACUCCCCUCAGGAGGGGACAGAGAUAUUUCUGUUUCUAUUCGACAGGACAAAGAGACAGGAAAUUGGUGGACUACAGAUAUAAGAGGCAAUGAAUCAGAAGAAUAUAUAGGCUAUUGGCCAAAAGAACUAUUUGAUCUUAUUAGUAAGAGUGCAAACAUAGUUGGAGUUACAGGAACAGUCCAGGCUUCUCCUUCGGGUCAAAGCCCACCAAUGGGUAAUGGUCAUUUACCAACUGACGAUGAGGCAGGGUCGGCGCGUGUUGGAGAAGUUAAGUUUAUAGAUAAUGAUUUUGUGGUCAAGGGAAGUGACCAAUAUAAGUUAGAGAAACUUAUUGAUGAUAGUAACAAAUGUUAUGGUCUAAAAGAUGGAAAGAAGUUAAUUUUGUUCAAAUAUGGUGGACCUGGAGGAAAUUCUUGUGGGAUCUAAUAUUUCCUAAAUUAAUAUUGUUCUUGGCUAUUUGAAUAAAUAAGUUAUCGGACUUCAGCUGAU